CCGCCGCCCGCCCGCCGCGCGCGCAUCUGACCGCGGCGCCCGCCCAGCCGCCCCCGCCCGUCCCCGGCCGCCCGGCCGCGAUGCCCGCCCCCCGGGGCCCCGGCGGCCCGCGCCCCUGCUAGGCGGCGGCGGCAUGGCUCGCGCGCCCGGCCCGACCUCUGCGGAUUGUCUCGGUGUGCGGCGGCGGGGCAUGCCCAGGGCACCGGGCACGGCCUUCAAUGGGCGAGGACACGGACACGCGGAAAAUUAACCACAGCUUCCUGCGGGACCACAGCUAUGUGACUGAAGCCGAUGUCAUCUCCACUGUCGAGUUCAACCACACGGGAGAGCUGCUGGCCACGGGCGACAAGGGUGGCCGGGUUGUCAUCUUCCAGCGGGAGCCAGAGAGUAAAAAUGCGCCUCACAGCCAGGGCGAGUACGACGUCUACAGCACCUUCCAGAGCCACGAGCCGGAGUUCGACUAUCUCAAGAGCCUGGAGAUAGAGGAGAAAAUCAACAAGAUCAAAUGGCUCCCUCAGCAGAACGCCGCCCACUCCCUGCUGUCCACCAACGACAAAACCAUCAAAUUAUGGAAGAUUACCGAGCGAGAUAAGAGGCCCGAGGGCUAUAACCUGAAAGACGAGGAAGGGAAACUCAAGGACCUGUCCACCGUGACGUCACUGCAGGUGCCCGUGCUGAAGCCCAUGGACCUGAUGGUGGAGGUGAGCCCACGGAGGGUCUUUGCCAACGGCCACACCUACCACAUCAACUCCAUCUCCGUCAACAGCGACUGCGAGACGUACAUGUCGGCCGACGACCUGCGCAUCAACCUCUGGCACCUGGCCAUCACCGACCGGAGCUUCAACAUCGUGGACAUCAAGCCGGCCAACAUGGAGGACCUGACGGAGGUGAUCACGGCGUCCGAGUUCCACCCCCACCACUGCAACCUCUUCGUCUACAGCAGCAGCAAGGGCUCCCUGCGCCUCUGCGACAUGCGGGCGGCCGCCCUGUGCGACAAGCACUCCAAACUCUUCGAGGAGCCCGAGGACCCCAGCAACCGCUCCUUCUUCUCAGAAAUCAUCUCCUCCGUGUCCGACGUGAAGUUCAGCCACAGCGGCCGGUACAUGCUCACCCGGGACUAUCUCACGGUCAAGGUCUGGGACCUGAACAUGGAGGCGAGGCCCAUCGAGACCUACCAGGUCCACGAUUACCUUCGGAGCAAGCUCUGUUCCCUGUAUGAGAACGACUGCAUUUUCGACAAGUUUGAAUGCGCCUGGAACGGGAGCGACAGCGUCAUCAUGACCGGGGCCUACAACAACUUCUUCCGCAUGUUCGACCGCAACACCAAGCGGGACGUGACCCUGGAGGCCUCGCGGGAGAGCAGCAAGCCCCGGGCCGUGCUCAAGCCGCGGCGCGUGUGCGUGGGCGGCAAGCGGCGGCGGGACGACAUCAGCGUGGACAGCCUGGACUUCACCCGGAAGAUCCUGCACACGGCGUGGCACCCGGCCGAGAACAUCAUCGCCAUCGCGGCCACCAACAACCUGUACAUCUUCCAGGACAAGGUGAACUCCGAGAUGCACUAGGGUUCUGAGUGGAGGGGGUGCCCUCUUCCCGAGCGUGUGCCUGCUACGCCCACCGACUCCCCCAGCCUCUGCUGCGGGCCCGAGGCCUCAGGACACCCAUGUGAUCCCUGUGCACCCAGCGCUUGUGCAGCCCCGGGCACCUCGUGGGGAUUCCCUGCCCCGCCCAGGACCUUCUGGAAUCUUCAUCGUGACCCUCCACGCACCCCUACUGCUCACCGUGUGCCAGGUGCCAGGGAGGGGAAGGUGAACAGUUCAUCACCCCCACGGCUCACCCGAGGAAACAGGCCCCGGAAGGACCCACAGUUUGCCCACGGCGU